AUGGAAGGGUAUUUUAAGCGUAUAUGGGGUAAAAUGGGGAUUGAUAAGAUAUCAACAAUGGGUAAGGGGAUCUUUAUAGUUCGGUUUAAUAAUGUUGAAGAUAGUUUGAAGAUAGUGAAUAAGGGAUUCCAUUUUUUUGAUCAAAAACCCUUGAUUGUAAAGCUAUGGGAUCCAGAUAUGGAUGUUGAUAAAAACAUGGUUAAAAUGGUGCCAAUAUGGGUGAAACUGCCAGGGUUACCAUUUAAAUAUUGGGGAGAAAAAAGUUUGUUUAAGAUAGUGGGUCAAAUGGGGAAGGUGAUAAGAAUGGAUGAUGCAACUCAGGCUAGAGAUAGACUGAGCUAUGCAAGAGUAAUGGUGGAAGUGGUUGUUCAGAGCCAGCUACUUGAAGUAAUCCAAUUCUGUAAUGAACAUGGCAGCAUAGUUGAUCAAAAGGUUGAAUACGAAUGGAAACCUGUGCAAUGUGGCAAAUGUUCAGGGUUUGGCCAUGACACUGAUACUUGUAGGAAAAGUGAGGGGAAGAAGAAAUGGGUUAAAAAGACUGAUAUAGAUCAGGAAGGAUUUACAAUGGUGACAAACCAUAAGGUUGCACCUGUAGCUUCUACUAUUGACAUCCCAGUGCAUAAUACUUUCAUGGUGUUAGAUGAACAAGGAGUGGAAGGGGUGGAAGAGCAGGUGACAGAGGAUAAAGAUGCUGUAGAUGUGGCUGAAGGAUAG